UAACACUCAAAGUUUAUAAGUCAAGAGGUCUGCGAGAUCAACCCGGUAAAAUAAACAUCUCUCCUGCAAGCGGAAAUUGAGUGUUGAAAUGAAGUUUUCGCAGUUUUUCCGAAAGGUGAACAACUAUCCGUAUUAAUAACAGUUCAAAGUGUUGGAUAUCGACCGAUAAAUUCGAAUUUGCGACAUGGUUCGAGUGGAGGAGUGAGUUUGGACCGUCAACAGGUGAUAAAUAAUUGGGAGAUACUCAAAGUGCAAAUAUUAUUGAUUUAUCACGUGCUGUUUGGCAAUCAAGCAAGAUGCCGUACUACUCGGAACUUGGAUUGUAUUCGGUGCCCUCUACCAGUUCGUAUACACCUUUGUUUUUAUCAGGUCCAUAUUCUAAUCAUUCCUCGAUAGUAGCCAAUAAUUUCACGAGACCUCCUUCGACUUACACUAGAGGUUUCCGCCACUACAAGCCUCAUCUCACCACCAUCACUGAACGACGUACAAAUUCCCCUUUACGAAGGAUAAACUCCCCAAAAGUGAGCUAUACUCCAGUGAUCAUACCAAGACCCAUCAAGAUAAACACAGCUGACAUAGACGUCUCCCUCAAUAAAUACAGAAAAUACGACAGGCAAAGAAAUAAAGAUGUGGUAGAGUCAAAAGUAGAUUCCAAAUCGCCCAGUCCAUCCAGAACUGCAGAUAGUCCAAGAUCUUCAACAGAAUUGAAAGACGCAAAACCAACUGUUAACAUCAGAAGAGACCGAGCUACAGUUCGUUUGAAAACCAUCCAUAAGGACAGAGUCAUCAACUCCAACACCUACAGGAAAUGGAGGGAAAACUUCGACCCUGAAGAGUUAUAUCCAGAGGAAGUGGAUUCUUCCCCCAAACUACUGAAGAAAACCCCUGGUGAGUUACUGAAAGAAAAAUUUCUGAUACCCUCCGAAGAUCGACCGAUAACACCCGAUAAAAAGCCAGAAAGAAGAAAGUCAAUCAAACAUAAACCAUCUGUAACAAAAACACCCAGUUUUCAUGAUAUCUGUACAGCGAUAACCUCAGAAGUUAUUGAUGAAGAGCUUAACCCAGGACAACCGGUUGAAAUUCAAAGAAGGCAAAGUCGACAGUUUCAACCUGAAGAUAUCCUUAAAGAAAUCAGAAGAACUUCAAUCGAUCUAUCUGAUUCCCAGAAGAAUGUUAUAGAUACUAUACUGACGAACGUGGAGGCUCAAAAAAUGGACGACAAAACUGAUAAAAACUACGAUUCUAGAGGCAGCGUUAAAAAGAGAAAAAAAUAUAAUAAAACGCAUUCUUCCAAGUUGAUAUUGGACAAAUCUGAUGAUGACUCAAAACAAACUAUACAGAGAAGGAACACUGUGAGGAAACUUCAUAGGACAAAGAGUGCUCAGUUGGAUUUAAAUGAAGUGAAUGCAUGUAACGAUAAGGAAGAAACUAAAGAAAAUAUAAAAAAUGAUACAGGUAAUAUCGUGAACGAUAAGCCAAAUUGCAUGAGUGCGGAAGAAAAAUCAGUCCUGAAAGCCAUUAUAGAUGAUAUAAAAAUCGAAGAGUCCCUUUCACCAAAGCAAAUGAAAGGAGGUAAACUAAAAUUCAAUUUUACUGUGGAAGAAAUCCAGCAGCAGAAUAAGGAUUUAUCCAAAGAGAAGGUCCAACCUAAGAAAGCUGCGAAACAAGCAACUGAUGAUUCCAACUUGAAAAACAUUUCUGAUCUCAAGAUCACAUCAGAUAACCGAAAGAAAAAAACCGAAGAAUUGAAUGAUAAACAGAAAGAUCACCAAGAACCUCAGAGCCAUGACGCCAAGAUCUAUUCUCUCAAGAAUGAACCAAAUGUCCUGAUAAACGAAGUUAAGAAAGAAAAUGCUGAUGAUUUAUUGAAGACGAUCUCCAACAAAGUGGUAACAAAACAGGAUGAGAAACAAACGAAAAAAGUGGAGAAUGUCAAUAAGCUCAAAGAGGAGAAAAAGGAAACGCACAAAGUUGAACUCCCUACCAACAAAAAACCUGUUGUAUCCAAUGUGAUCAAGAAAAAGCACACUGCGAGAAUUGGCCUGAUUCUGGAAGAAAUAAAAGAAUCAGAAGAAAGAUCGAGCAGUCAAGAGAAGAAAGCUAAAAAUAAACUAUUAAAUGUUGAUAUUGCAAAGGAGGAAAAGCAAAAACCUUCAGAAAUUUUGAAAAAAGAUGAUGUUACACAACAGCAAACCAAUAAAGAAAGGAAACAAACAAGUGCAAUAAUCAAAACGAAGAAGAAUUCUGUUGGUGUCCACAAGGAGAUAAAUAAUAACACAAUACAAAGAUCAGAGAGUGGGGAAGAUUUUUGGAAAGUUAUUGGAGCAAGGGAAAGUGUGAAACCAGUCUUGAAAAAACUGGAAUUGAAAAUGGAUUUACUCACUGAGAAUAAAGAUAAGAAAGGGGAAGAACAGGAAAUAAAAGGGGAGAUUAUCGAAGAGGUUGUUGAAGUUGAAGAGAAAGUUGAAGUUGUAGACGAUCACACAUUGAAAACUGUUGAAAAUAUUAAGUACGAGGUGAAGGAACAGAUUGAAACCACUGCAGAAACGACUGUAACAAAAGAUGAAGAUCCCAAAGAUGCUAAACUCUCAGAGGCCGAGAUUAAGAAGAUGAUAUCGAAGAGAUCCCUGAUACAAAAGGCGAAGAAAGAAGACCCAGAUCUAGUGGUGUUCGAACCCCCUCCAGAGCCUGAACCCAAGGUGGAACCACCAAAAGAAGAAGAGAAAAAAGACGUGUUCGUUCCGCUUCAGUCGAACAGGCUAUCCAAAUGGAUGCAUCCGUUCAAAAAGCCCGAACAAUAUGACGAGUGCCCCGUCGAGAUCUUCGCAAGACCGAAAACGAUCCGUAAAAGACACUUUCCCAAGGGUAGGUUCGGUCAAUGGGAACGCUACCAACCGCGUACUAGCAGCAGUGACGAAGAUAGUGAUGACUCUAGUGAAAGUGAGGAGGACAGUUCACAGGAGGAUGCCGGAGACGAGAACAACAACAGCAGGAAUGUGAACUACGGUGCAAGUACGUCUUCCAAUGAUUCAGGGUUCGAUUCUGGGGCAGCCAAAAACAAGGACAAGGAUUGCGACGUAAAUUGUCACAAGAAAUGUGAAAAACUGACUGCGAACUUGUGCGGUGUCAACCAGAAACUCAUAGCUGAAGCUAUCGAGUCUGUCAAGAGAGGAUCUACGAGUGAGGUGAGAGAGACCCCUUCAUUCAGCCCAGCGACGAACCCAGCCUUUGCUAUAGAUCCAAACGAAGAGGAAUGCUGUAAAUCCAGCACGUUUCAAGGAUUCCAGAAGAGUGGGAGGAUAACGCCUCCAGCGACAACAAUUCCCAGAUUUAGGAAGUACUGCGUGGAAGAUUUUCACUUCUUAAAGGUCCUGGGAAAGGGUAGUUUUGGAAAGGUUUUAUUGGCUGAACUCAAAGAGACGGAAUACUAUUAUGCCAUCAAGUGUCUGAAGAAAGACGUGGUUUUAGAGGAUGACGAUGUGGAGUGCACACUAAUCGAAAGAAAAGUUUUGGCAUUAGGUACCAAACAUCCUUACCUUUGCCAUCUUCUCUGUACUUUCCAAACAGAUUCUCACUUAUUUUUCGUGAUGGAAUAUCUAAAUGGCGGUGACUUGAUGUUUCACAUUCAACAAUCUGGACGGUUCUCAGAGGACAGGGCGAGGUUUUACGCAGCUGAGAUUGUUUCUGGCUUGAAAUUCCUCCAUAACAAAGGGAUUGUUUACAGAGACUUAAAACUGGAUAAUAUCUUAUUGGACUUCGAUGGACACGUCAGAAUAGCUGAUUUCGGAAUGUGCAAACUCCAGGUUUUCCUUGACAGAAUGGCUGACACUUUCUGCGGUACACCUGACUAUAUGGCCCCAGAAAUCAUAAAGGGCCAGCACUACAACCAAAGCGUCGACUGGUGGUCCUUUGGAGUGUUGCUGUACGAAAUGCUCUUAGCUCAGUCUCCUUUCAGCGGUUGCGAUGAAGAUGAGCUGUUUUGGUCGAUAUGCAACGAAAAACCUGUAUUGCCCAGGUUUCUAUCUCAAGAAGCCUCGAGAAUAUUGUCCAUGCUCUUGGAAAAGGAUGCUUCCAAACGUUUGGGGACUAGAUUCUCCCCUUGUGGUGAUAUCAAGGAUCAACCUUUCUUCAAGAGCAUAGACUGGGAUCUACUAGAAGAGAGGAUGUUGGAACCACCCUUCAAACCUAAAUUGUCACAUCCCUUGGAUACGAAAUACUUCGACAAACAUUUCACAACAGAGCUAGCCAAGCUCACACCUAUAGAGCAUCACAUAUUGGACUCCAUGGAUCAGACACAGUUCCAAGGAUUCAGCUAUACAAAUCCUAAUGCCACCGACAAGUGAAAAUGUUGUUCUGGAUGCUGGAUGGCAUCCAACGAAAUACUUUGGUGUUGGAAGAAAAGCUCAAUUAGUGGUAUACUCCGAUUUUUACCCUUAGAAAUCAAAAAAUCGGAUAAAUUUUCCAUGAUGUUCAACAUAUUUGGGUUGUACUUAAAGGAGCUUUAUUUUUUUAGAGGAUGUCUUGUUUUUGUGACUUUGGAUAAGAUUGGAAUGUCACAGCUGAGUUUAACAUUUAUACGUUGCAAUUCCAACGACUUUAGUGAUGCAUACGUUACUUAAUUUUUGGAGCAUCAUGCCUUUUAUGUACAAAUAUUAGUAUUAAGUUGCUUACAAUUGUGAUGUUACAUUUACAGUGAUCGAGUAUUUACUUAGUUACUAAGACGGUGUGCUGUAAGUACCAAGCCCAGUCGAUCUUACCAAAUCUUCAAAAUUUUGAAUAUUUCAUCCGAUUUAGAGCUCAAUUUCAGGUAAUCAGUAGCGCACAAAUGCUGACUAAUUCGAUGUGAUUAACAGGUACGAAAAUUUUGCUACAAUUCACCACUCAAAUGGGGUGGUAUAUACUAAUAGAAUUUAUUAAGUCUUUUCUUGUAUCAAUAUUAGAUAUUUUCGUAGGGAACUAUUUUUGAUCUUCGAAUUUUUGUGGUCAUUUACUUAAUUUAUCGAUUGCAUAUUUUAAUCAAUGUAAAUAUGUUAGGUAUUUGUACAAAUGAGAUCAAUAAAGUUUAUAUUAAUAAA